GCACUGAUUGAAAAAUACGUAAAUAUUACCAGCGGAUGGCGCCACAACCCCAUUAUAGAUGACAAGUUGACAACUAGACACCACCCGACGACGCAAUCUACAGCACCAGUUGCUGACACUACAAGGUGGGGGAGUUGGCAAUUGAGAUUAGACGCUCAUUUUUCUGUUGAGCCGAGUAACAUGGACACAAAGAACCAAAGAUGAAGUGAUUGUCAUCCGAGGGACCAUGCUGGCCACAAAGGGACAGAAGAUGAGAUGUCACCGACAUGAACGUGCACGCGGCGCAGAAAUAAGCUGAGGGAUGACAUCGCUGGCUGUCGGCUUGGUCCUAUGCCUAACAGGCUGGAUUACUCUCUACACCCUACUGUGUAACACCAAUGGCAGCCGUGGCUCUGAGUGGAACUGUAGGCUGGUCACACUGCUCCAUGGAAUCCUGGCAGUCUGUAUAACAGCAUACAUAGGCUAUGUGGAUGGACCUUGGCCCUUCACACAUCCAGGCACAAAGAACACCCCCCUUCAGAUCAGUGCUAUGGUAAUUAGCCUGGGCUACUUCAUCUUCGACAUGGGCUGGUGUAUGUACUUCCGCACCGAGGGCCCGGUGAUGCUGGCCCACCACACCAUGAGCAUCCUGGGUAUCUUGUUGACCCUGAGCUUGGGGGAAUCAGGCAUCGAGUCCUGUGCGGUGCUCUUUGGCAGUGAGAUCACAAACCCCCUGCUGCAAGCUCGCUGGUUCCUGAGACAGUUGGGUCGCUAUGAGAGCCUGACAGGGGAGGCGGUCGAUAUUCUAUUUGUAGUGCUAUUUGUGUUAAUGCGCAUAGUGGUUGGCGGGAGGAUGUUGUACUGCGAGCUCAUCUCCCCACGGCCCAGGUUCAUUAUAAAGUGUGGGGGAGUUGCCAUGUAUGUGCUGUCCUGGGUGUUCAUGGUGGACAUUGGUCGUUUCGCCUACCGCAAGAGUCAAUCCAAAUACAGACGCUGGAGAGACCAACACAGACUGGCAACAGUUAACGGACAUAACGGAAAGACAGACUGAAAGACUUGCUUAUCUUCAGAAGAUUAAUAAAAACAUCCAAUGUUUAUA